CCUCAGAUAAAGUGAAACUGAAAGUAAAUCAACAUGAACAUGCGAUUGUGCAAGAUUUUCAUCUAUGGUACUCCAAUAAUUGCUUUUAGUAAUAUUUAAUCCCCAUUCGACUUUGAUUUUGAAUACUUGACAUGUCUUCGAAAGUACAGGAAUUAUUUGGAGGAGCCCUCAGUGUUCAACUUCCAGACAACGCUAAGGACAUAAGUGACAUUCGCCAGAUUCCUGAUAACCAGGAAGUGUUUGCUCACCCAGUCACAGACCAGAGUAUAAUCAUAGAGAUCCUGGAGUAUGUGGACAAAGAUGAUGAAGAAGCAAUUAAGACCCACUUUAGUGACCUGGCUUCUGACAAUGACGUGCAGAGUGGAGAUGCUGCUAUUGUACAGAUUGAGGAAAUUCCUAACACCGAUCUUAAAAUGACACAGUGUGACAAUGCCUAUUAUGUGCUAGGACAACAGAAUGUCUCCAAAUUCAAUGAGGCAGCUAAAAACACAGUAGACAUGCACAUUGGUCUUUUUCGUAUCUCUAAAUUUACCUCAGAUAUACUGGUGACCUUCAACAAUCCUUCAUCUAUCAACCCCCAGAGUAGCAGUCAUCACCCCGUCCCUGUCAGCACUACCCCCUGGACCCCCGAGGACUUCCGGAAUCUUCUGACGUCACUCUGUGUAGUGGAUGAGGGAAUAUUUGGACAGUAGCAGGCUCUUUAUCAGCAGUAUUGAAUUCUGUUCCAAAUGUGUUUCAGAAAGAUGGUUUCCAUUAGGAAUUUACAUGGAUUUCUUUACACAAAAGUUGUCUACUGCUUUAUAUGGUCCUUGGUGGAAGGGAAAAUGUGCAUUUUACAAUAAUUUUGCUUCAACAUCCCCAAAAUGCAAUCUGAACUUUAGAGCAAACAUCCAUUGAAGGAGGCAAUGCCAGAGCUGUAAUACAUGGGAUGUUAGUACCCAGUGCAGAUGAUGCUGAUAAAACAUUUCGUUUUUUAUGUCAGUAUGAAAGGUUAUCUUUACUACACACAUUUUCUGUGUUAUUAAUUAUGUUUACAAUAAGAUAAACAUGCCUCUGUGGGUGUCCUUUUGAUUUGAGUGGUAUAGAGACUGGUUUACUAAUUGUUGGUUACCUAUGUAAUGUCACCUAUUUUCUCAUUCACUGUAUUAUAUUUGAAGAAGGCAGGGGGGUAAUGAAUUAACCACCAGAUGUAGCUUAAUUUUUUAGGUAUGAUAUCUGAAGCUGUCAACUAUCAUUUGGCAAAGAAAAAUUUCAUACAUUUUAGUUGUAAAAUUUGAUCAUUUUUGUAUAUCUUUAUAUGGAGCUCUUCUUCUAAAGGAGAUAAAAAUGAUUUAAAAAUGGCCACAAUAACCCCCCUUAAAAUGUAAAAGUGUUUUUGCAUUUGCUGUGAAUACAGUGCAAGAAAUUAAGCUUGUUGAGUCUGUUAAAUAUUUUCUCCGAACCUUUUUAAAGAAUGUAUUCAAAAUAUAAAAUGCAUACACAGGGUUUCUGAAUAUCUUUUGCUACAAUUUCAU